UCACGAAACUGCCAAACGAAGACCCUAACGAAUUUGUUUUUCACGUUUCGCACCCCGUACAAUAUUGAAUUUCUCAUUCAUCACUCUCGCGUCGUCUUUCACUUUGCCAAGACGGCCCCCGAUUACAAUCCCUUUUUUUUUUCGUCGUCUCAGAAAUUUCUCUCGUCGUCAUUUCGCUCGAUCUCCGCGAUCGAUUUCCUCCCACUUACAGCGGCGCUCUUCUCGUUCCUUUUCAUCGACCGAUCGAUGGAUGGUAACAAAGACGAAGCACUGAGAUGCCUCGAGCUCGCAGAAGCAGCUCUCGCUGCAAAAAACAAGGAAAAAGCUUUGAAAUUCAUUAGAAUAGCGAAGAGAUUGGAUCCAUCGAUUCAACUCGACGCCCUUUUGAGCGCCUGUGAGAAUCUUGAUAGUUCUAAGUCCCAAUCUCAAGUAAAUAGGGUUCGUGAAGUCCCGACGUGCUCUAAUGCGUCAGAAUCGUCAAAUGGGGGUAGAAAUUAUACCGAGGAGAAUGUGAAAUUGAUUCGAGAGAUUAAGAGGAGUAAAGAUUAUUAUGAGAUUCUUGGCGUGGAGAAGAGUUGCUCAGGUGAAGAGAUUCGAAAGGCGUAUAGGAAGCUGUCUCUUAAGGUUCACCCUGACAAGAACAAAGCCCCGGGGGCCGAUGAGGCUUUUAAGAUUGUUAGCAAGGCUUUUAAGUGUUUGAGUGAGGAUGAGAGCAGACGGCAAUACGAUCAAAUGGGUUUUGCUGAUGAUUAUGAGUUUGAGCAUCAUCACACUCAUGCGAGGAGACGGAGAAGACGGGCUACUAGAAAUGAUUUUUUCGAAGAGGAGUUUGACCCGGAUGAGAUAUUUAGGUCCUUUUUCUAUGGCACUCAGGAUAAUGUCUUUAGAAAUCAGAGAGUAUAUAGGGCAAGAGGAACAGCUGGUCAGCAAAGGGAACAUAAUGUUCAGCAAGUAGGGGUUAAUUGGAUCGUCUUGCUUCAGAUAUUGCCGAUAAUUCUUUUCUUUGUGUUUGCUUCAUUGCCUAUGUCAGAGUCGCAUUAUUCCCUGCAGCGGACUCAUACCUAUCAGAUUCCCAAGGUCACUGAGAAACAUGGAGUUGAGUAUUAUGUCAAGCAGGCUGAUUUCGAUGAGAAGUUUCCUCAGGGGAGUUCUGCUAGGAAUAAAAUUGAAAAUGAUGUUACUAGAGACUAUAAGAGCAUACUUGGUCGAUACUGUCAUUUGGAGAUGCAAAGGCGGCAGUGGGUGAGGGAUUAUCCAACAACGCAUUGCGACAAAUUGAGGAAGUUUGCUGUAUCAUGAAAAGUCUUUGUGUGCAGGCAGAA